AUGUCCGGUAUAAAUCGAUUUGAAGCGCUCUUGGGCGACGAAGAAACCGAAGUUGAUAAGCUCGGUAACGUCAAGCCUGUCGACAAGAAGGAAGACCCCAAGACAAGACGAGAUACACGCAAGUUGCACACGCAACCUGCAGUAUCACCUCCUUCUCGACGUGAACCUCGCGGUCGUGGCGAUUACUUUAGACGCGAUAAUGAUAACGCACAAGCAAAUGAACAACCGAGAUUCAAGUCAGACGACCGCGAACCUCGUCAAGGCGGUCGAGGUGGUUUUGGCGGAGGUCAGCGUGGCCGCGGUCGUCAAUUCGAUCGUCACAGCGGCACUGGCAUGGUUGAUAACGAAAAGAAGAUUAAUCAAGCUUGGGGUCACCUUGGUACUUCGGAACUGGAAGCUGCCAAUGAUUACCCUGCUGCCGGUGAUCCUGAUUCAUCCGACUUUCACGCUCCAGGCACUGGCGAGCACGAAGAAGAAAACGUCAAGACAUUGGACGAAUACAAGCAAAGUCUUCAGUCCGCCGGUAAACCCCGCUUGCCUGAAGCCCGCGCUCCCAACGAAGGAAGCGACGAUUCAAAGUGGAAAGACGCGGUUCCCUUGGAACGCAACGAAGAUGAUUCCGUUUUCUUUGCUGGAAAGGCGCAAAGCGGCAAGGCAAGGAACAAAAAUAAGAAAGAAAAGGUGUAUUUGGAUAUUGAGCAACCACCUCACCGAAGUCAAGACAACCGCGGAGGACGUGGUCGUGGUCGUGGAGGUCGUGGUCGCGGUGGAGGCAUGAGAGGAGGUCGUGGUGGACGCGGUCAACGCGAUGUCAACCUUUCCGAUGCCCACGCAUUUCCCACACUGGGUGCAUAA